AUGUCCAGUUCUGAUGUGGAAACUUUUAACGGCAAAAUAGUUUACAAUCUCGAUGGCAGUGCAUAUAUUAUCGCCACAGACAAUGCCAAUGGAAGUGGAUCGGGGUCUGUCAAAAGUUGUUAUGCCUCAACUUCGACUUCACUAAAAAAACUCUUAAGGGUCAAAGAUCGUGUACAGGUGGAGGACGAAAAAGAACACCAGCAUCAACAUUAUCAAGAUCAAAGCGAAACACAGGAGCAGGAACUAGCUGAUGUGGAUGCUGGUCCUGGUGUCGAAACCUUGGCAGGGGCAACCUACAAAUCGAGUCCAAAAAUCCAUUCCUUUCGUGUUGUGUCCGCGCAAGAUGCAAACUCAGCUUGCCAGGAUCAAAUCAGAGCAUUCAAAAUCCAAAAACCAAUUUUAAUGUGUUUUAUAUGCAAGUUGUCCUUUGGCAACGUUAAGUCCUUUAGCUUGCAUGCGAACAGUGAACACAGACUCAACCUGGAAGAGCUGGACCAGCAGCUACUUAAUCGCGAGUACUCCAGUGCCAUUAUUCAGCGAAAUAUGGAUGAAAAGCCGCAGAUAUCCUUUCUACAGCCCUUGGAUAAUAAUGCUGCCUGUGCUGCCAGCGAUGACACCGAGAAGCUUCAAGUAGCCCCUGAGGGCAGCUGCCCCACUCUUACUCCGUCUCCGCAGCCAGUUUUCGGUAAUGAGUCUGAACUGGAGCUCGAGAAUAAGCAGGAGGCUGAGCAGGUCCGGGAGCAGGACCAUGAAGCUGAUCAGGACUCUAGUAGUAGUAAAAUGGCGGCACCUAGUGCAUAUCUCCCAUUAUCAUCGCCUAAAGUAGCAGUAAAACCUACUGUGAAAUUUGGUUCCUUAAACUCAGCAACAGCAAAGACUAAUAACCUAUCAAAAGUAUCCUCAACCAGUUCCCCUACAUCGGCAUUCGCAUCCGGAGAGGUCUCAUUACCCAGUACUGAUAAUAUAAGUAUCAAUAAGUCAACCAAUUGUAACCAAGGAACAGAGCCGCCGUCUUCCUCGUCUUCGGAGGUCGAAAUGAAGAUGGGCUCUAUGUCUGCAUCACCUCAAACAAACGAAUCGGAUGUCCCCUGCUCAGAUUUGAUGCAGCUUCAGCACGUGGCGGCUGGUGGCAUAUACCCUCCUCAAGUCAGUUCCUUCCAUGCAUCCUUAGCAGCGCUGGCCGCCAAUGAAUCAAAUGACAGCCGGGUUAAGCUGAUCACAGAGUUCCUCCAACAGCAGCUGCAGCAACAUCAGCAGCAGAGUUCCUUAUUUCCCAGCCAGUGUCCCGAUCAUCCCGACCUCAAUGGUGUGGACUGCAAAACCUGCGAACUUCUUGACAUCCAGCAGCGGUCAAAAUCACCAUCCUCUUCGCACCAGCACCUCUCCCAAUCUUUGCCCCAGCUUCAGGUCCAGUCGCAGCCCCCGCAGAUUCCACAUCGUUCUCCGUGCAGCAACAGUGUUGGCCUGGCCAUAUCACCCAGUGCCUCCUCGGUGGCCAGCGCCAACGCCACGAGCGCCACUUCCAGCUUCACAAUCGGCGCCUGUUCCGAGCACAUCAAUGGUCGUCCCCAAGGAGUGGACUGUGCACGCUGUGAAAUGCUUCUAAACUCAGCUCGAUUAAACAGCGGAGUGCAAAUGUCUACCCGCAACUCCUGCAAGACUCUUAAAUGUCCGCAAUGCAAUUGGCACUAUAAAUACCAGGAAACACUGGAGAUUCACAUGCGGGAGAAGCAUCCUGAUGGGGAGAGUGCCUGUGGUUAUUGCCUUGCAGGACAGCAGCAUCCUCGGCUGGCACGGGGGGAAUCCUACUCCUGCGGUUACAAGCCGUAUCGCUGUGAAAUCUGUAACUACUCCACGACCACCAAGGGUAACCUUUCCAUUCAUAUGCAAUCGGAUAAGCAUCUGAACAAUAUGCAGGAGCUGAACAGUUCUCAAAAUAUGGUGGCGGCUGCGGCUGCUGCCGCUGCGACUAGCAAACUGCUGCUCUCCAGCUCGUCGCCCCAAGGAUCUGCUGCGGGCCCACCCGGCAGUGCAUCCAGCGGAGCCACUGGCAGCGCUUCCAGCGGCGGAUCCACCAACGUGGGCGGCAACCCAUCACUGGGUGCGAACGCACCGACCGCCGGCACGGGAGCAAGUAACCCUAGUGCCAAUACCGGAAGCAAUGCCAACAGCGCCAAGCCAAAGCCCUCGUUUCGGUGCGACAUCUGCAGCUACGAGACUUCGGUGGCCCGCAACCUGCGCAUCCACAUGACCAGCGAGAAGCACACCCACAACAUGGCUGUGCUGCAAAACAACAUCAAGCACAUCCAGGCGUUCAACUUCUUGCAGCAACAGCAACAGGGUGCCGCUGGCAGCGUUCAAGGCCACAGCUCCGGGGGCUUUAUGCCCGAGGUUGCGUUGGCCGAUCUCGCGUAUAACCAAGCGCUCAUGAUCCAGCUCCUUCACCAACAGCAACAACAUCAGCAGUCGGCUAACACCAAAUUGUCACCCUCAUGUUCACCUGUGAGCACUCCGGAUCAGUUUUGCUUCUCUCCCAAGCCAAUGAAGAUUGGUCACGGAGCAGGAGUAGGCAUGGGCCUAGGAAUGCCAAUGGGAAUGAGUCACUCGAAUGAAGUACCCGGCGACCUGGCUGGUGAUCCUCAUCCUCUGACCAAAACUGAUAAGUGGCCCACUGCUUUCUACAGCUGUCUAAUCUGCGACUGCUUCAGUACGAACAACUUGGACGAUCUUAACCAACAUUUGGUCGUAGACAGAUCUCGGCAAUCCUCCAGCGCCUCUUCCGAAAUAAUGGUUAUUCACAAUAACAACUAUAUAUGCCGGCUGUGCAAUUACAAGACGAAUCUCAAGGCCAAUUUCCAACUGCACAGCAAGACAGACAAGCACUUGCAGAAGCUCAACUUUAUCAACCACAUCAGGGAGGGCGGACCCCGUAAUGAGUAUAAGCUGCAGUAUCAACAACAGCUGGCCGCAAAUGUGGUGCAAGUGAAGUGUAACUGCUGCGACUUCCAUACCAAUUCUAUUCAGAAGCUGUCCCUGCACACACAGCAGAUGCGUCACGACACGAUGCGAAUGAUAUUCCAGCACCUACUGUAUAUUGUUCAGCAAAGUCAAAUGCACAAGAAGUCCCUAGGUACGAUGGAAGAUGAUCCUCAGUGCUCCUGUCCGGACGAGGAUCAGCAAUCGCAGUCGAGCAAGAAAUUGCUCCUUUGCCAGCUGUGCAACUUUACCGCUAAGAACCUGCAUGAAAUGGUUCAGCAUGUAAAGGGUAUGCGGCAUAUGCAGAUCGAGCAAUUUAUUUGCCUGCAGCGUCGAAGUGAAAACCAGGAAAUACCCGCACUAAACGAGGUGUUUAGAGUGACAGAGUGGACCAUGGACAACGAAGAUAUUGCAUUCGAGACUGGCUUUAACUUGUCGACAACUGUAACCAACGAAGCCACCGCGGAUGCCAGCUAUGCUGCGGCAUCAUCUGCGUCAGGAGUCUCUGCAAUUCCUGAUGUCAGUAUUUUUUCACCAACUUCUCCCUCCAGUUGUGCGACACCGGGUGGCAAAUCUUUGGGCCACAAUUCAUCUCCAAACCUUAAUAACUUUGGUUCGGGUGCCCCUGUUCCUACUACUGUAUUUAAGUGCAAUCUCUGCGAAUACUUCGUUCAAUCGAAAAGCGACAUGGCGUCUCAUAUUGAGACUGAGCACCCAUGUGCUGAGAGUGAUGACUUUAUAAGUAUACCAACCAACACGGCCGCUCUGCAGGCUUUCCAAACAGCUGUUGCAGCAGCUGCUCUGGCUGCGGUGCAACAACGGUGCGCCGCUAUUAAUGCUCCGGCACAGGAUACCGGUGAAACAGACAAGGACUUGGCCGCGAAUGCCGGUGACGGCCCUGUGGCUAUUAAACGGGAGCGGCUUGAAGAGGAGGACGAUCCGAUGGCAGGUAUAGAGGAUACCAAAGAGGUUGCCCAUCAGGCGACGCCUUCUGCAGGUCCGGAGUCGCCAAAAGUCCUGGAAACUCAAGUGGGGGUGCAGUGUCCCCUGUGCCUAGAAAACCAUUUUCGGGAAAAGAUAUACCUAGAGGCCCAUUUGACAAGCGUUCACAGCGUUACCAAAGAUGGUCUUUCUCGGCUCUUGCUGCUAGUGGAUCAGAAAGCCUGGAAAAGUGAAAGCGAGAGCACGGAUGCAUUAAACCUAGUCCCUCAAGCUCCUUACGCGAAUACAGAGAAGGAAGAGGCAGCACCGCCACCUAGUGAGAGCCCCUCCAGUGCCAACACAAAUAAGUGCACCACCGCAACUAACUCAAGCCUUCCAGUGGGAAUGCAAGGACUUUCCUGUCAGCAGUGUGAGGCCAGCUUCAAGCACGAGGAACAGCUGCUUCAGCAUGCGCAACAGAACCAGCAUUUCCCUUCACAAAAUGGAGAGUAUUUGUGUCUUGCAGCAAGCCACAUCAGCCGUCCGUGCUACAUGAGCUUCAGAACCAUUUCAGCUAUGAUCACCCACUUCCAGGACUCACACAUGAGCCUAGUUAUCUCCGAGCGCCAUGUGUAUAAGUAUCGAUGCAAACAGUGUUCGCUGGCGUUCAAAACUCAAGAAAAGCUCACCACGCACAUGCUCUACCACACAAUGCGGGAUGCCACAAAGUGCUCUCUUUGCCAACGCAACUUCCGCAGCACGCAGGCGCUGCAGAAGCACAUGGAGCAAGCGCACUCAGAAGAUGGAGCUCCAUCGGGCAGAUCAAGCAGUCCACAGACGCCAACAUUGAGUUCCGAGGAAGCACACAAGCUUCCUCUAGGGGAGUCACAUGCGCUAGAAAGAGAAGUCAUCGGUAACGAUGUGUCACCGCUUCGAUUAGACUCGCAACAGAGCAAGGAAACAAGGCUGUUGUCACCUAGCCCAAUGUCUGUGGACUCCCAGGCCCAACAGCAAUACCUCGCUACUUUCGCAGCUCUACUCAAGCAGCAGCAGGGUAACUCAGAAGCUGUUGGCCUCCACCCCGAAGCCUUGCCGCUGUCAGCUGGAGAGUUUUCCCAACACCUGCAGGGUCUGCAAAAUCUGCAAAACCUUCAGAAUAUGCAACAGCAAUUUGGUGCCGUUGCUGCUGCAUCGGGACUACCGAUAAAUCCAGUAGAUAUGCUUAAUCUAAUGCAGUUUCACCACCUGAUGUCCCUGAACUUCAUGAACCUGGCUCCUCCCUUGGUAUUCGGCGGUGGUGCCGCCGGCAGCAAUGCCGUUCCCGCGUCAACAGCCCAAAAUAACAUCAUUACCUCGUCCACCGUAGCAGCUACUUCAGGGCUAACUGAUGUUCAGCUCACCAGCGGGGUCAACGCCUUGCCGGUGGACUCUGCUAAAGCUACUUUAGUCGCAGCUCAACCUCAGCACAAUGUCAAUUCAAACUCUCAGCUGGCCAGCAACCAAAAGCGAGCCCGAACGCGAAUCACAGAUGAUCAGUUAAAGAUUUUACGGGCACAUUUCGACAUAAAUAAUUCCCCAAGCGAAGAGAGCAUUAUGGAAAUGUCACAGAAAGCAAAUCUACCAAUGAAAGUGGUCAAACACUGGUUCCGAAACACGCUGUUUAAGGAAAGACAACGCAAUAAGGACUCUCCCUACAAUUUUAAUAAUCCACCGUCGACAACUCUUAACUUGGAAGAGUAUGAACGUACAGGUCAGGCCAAAGUUACGCCUCUAAAUGAUACCAGUAGCGUCCCAAUAUCAGCGCCAAUGACCACAUCAACGAUUUCAUCGGCACCAUCUGCUAACACUAAUGUAAUCCCUAAGGAAAGCGCAACUACAAGAGUAUCCGCUGUUGGGAAAUCAAUACAAUCGGCGCCUGUCCUAUUCCCUGCUACCGUCCCAGUCUCAACACCUUUAUCUCGCCCAGAAUCAACAAACUCGAGCGGCAACAUAUCCGAUUAUUUAAGUAAUAACUUGUUUUUUGGACAGCACGGGGGCAAGGAGCCAGGUUUGCCAUAUCCUGUGGAUGGACAUAUAAAGUCAGAGCCCCAGGAUGAUAUGAUUGGUUCAAAUGAUUUUGCAUUCCAGACAAAGCAGCACUCAAACUUUAACUUUUUAAAGCAUCAACAGGAACUUGUGGAUCCCCAAGAACAACCCAUUACAAAUCAAGACACGGAAGUCUCGCAGGACCAAUCCUUACUCGCCGGUUCUUCGCUUUCGGCCCACUGUCAGAGUCAACAGCAAACAAAUAUCUUUGAAACAAAAUCGGAGAGUGGUAGCUCCGAUGUAAUGUCGCGCCCUCCUACUCCGAACAGUGGAGCUGCAGGAAAUCUUUACGGCACCAUGAAUGAUUUAAUAAAUCAACAAUUGGAAAACAUGGGCAGUAACAUGGGGCCACCAAAAAAACUGCAGAUUGUUGGAAAAACGUUCGACAAGACCUCAACGCCGAUCUCGAGCUCGAUCAGUGCUAGCACCCAGUUCGAAAGUAAUUCUUCGAACUCGUCAAGCUCCUCAUCGUCGACAUCGGGUGGUAAGCGAGCGAACCGCACACGUUUCACAGACUAUCAAAUAAAGGUUUUACAGGAGUUCUUCGAGAACAAUUCAUACCCAAAAGACAGUGAUCUCGAGUAUUUAAGUAAGCUUCUGUUGCUAUCUCCUAGAGUUAUAGUAGUUUGGUUUCAAAAUGCAAGGCAAAAGCAACGCAAGAUUUACGAAAACCAACCGAACAAUUCUUUGUUUGAAAAUGAGGAGACAAAAAAACAAAACAUUAACUAUGCGUGCAAAAAGUGCAGCUUGGUGUUUCAACGGUACUACGAGCUAAUACGUCAUCAGAAAAAUCACUGCUUCAAGGAGGAGAAUAACAAAAAGUCGGCUAAGGCACAAAUCGCGGCUGCUCAAAUAGCACAGAAUUUAAGCUCAGAAGAUUCGAAUUCCUCCAUGGAUAUACACCAUGUUGGCAUAUGUCCGCCAGGCUCUACAGUAGUUGCUCAAAGUUUGUCAACCGUUGGUCCUGCAGCUCCUUUGGCCGGACAGUACGCACAGCAAUCAUUUGGCGCUUUGCCCUCGCCACAGCAUUUGUUCGCCAAGUCUUCUUCUCUAACUGACUUCAGCCCAUCCACGACUCCCACGCCACCCCAACGAGAACGCAGCAACAGUUUGGACCAUCCACAACGGCCUCCCAAGUUUGACUGUGAUAAAUGCGAAAUGCAGUUUAACCAAUUAGAGAAAUUGCGGGAGCAUCAACUAUUACACCUGAUGAAUCCAGCUAAAAUUUUUUCAGACGCAGGACAGAACUCCAAUCCUGAUGCCAACUUCGGCCCGUUCGGCUGCAUACUGCAAAGUCUACAACAAGCAGCGGCUCAACAGCAGCAGCCUCAGCAUCAACCACCUCCAACAAAAAAACGAAAAUACUCGGAUAGCUCUUCAAAUGCAGAUGACAUGCCGACCUUAUCGGAACCCGAGGCUGCACAUAAGAAGCACGAAUUCCUUUAUAAUUAUUUUAUGCAAAACGAAACGAACGCAGAACUGAAACAGCAGUUUCUCAUGAGACAACAACAUAAGAAAGCACUGCAGCUUCAAACCCAAGAACAAGGAAAUGAAUCUGAUUUUGAUAUGGAUUUCCUAACUAAUUUCUAUCAGCAGAGCGAAUUAAAGAAGGUCAGUAACUACGACUUUUUACUGCAGUACUAUCGCACACAAGAAGAGGCAUCCCUGAAGACAAAAUCAAAGCAACAGCAUCUCUUUAGCUCCAGUAAAAAGCCAACCAUCGAGUUUCUAUUGCAGUACUAUCAACUGAACGAAUCAAAAAAGUUUUUUCAGUUAGUUGCCUCGCCCCAAACAAUGCCUGAUGGCCCAGGCUACAACCCGUCAUCGCAGAUGCCAAAACCCACGACAGAUGAAGUUAGUAAUGAUAUCGGCGAAAGAUCAUUGGAGCAGGCAACAGAAAUACAAAAAGAUGAACAAGAAGAACAAUUCAGCAUAGACAGGCCAUGCGAGGAAAAUGCUUUGUCUAAAAGUAAGAGUGCAGUGGAAAAGUUUAAUAACAACAGCAUUAACAUCAACUUAGUUCAAGCUGAUACAACCGAGACCAACGGCGUUCAAUCUGUUGAAAUAACGGAAGAGUUGUUAAUGGCACCUUCAUUAAUUGCAGUUAAUGAUGAUAACAAAUAUUUGAGCUCAAGAUCCUUACAAAAAGAUGACAAGGAAAAGCCACAGUAUUUACACAACCUUGAAGACUUUCUGGAUGCCACCAUGAUAGAGAACAACUCUCAGACCCUGACUUUUAAUGAUGAUGAGAAAGCUUGCCAAAAAGACGAAUCGGUUCACAAAGCCAACGAGAUGGAAAAGCGGUCUUCUGUGUCUCCGGUUAAUGUUUCAUCCAAACAAAACAAACGCCUACGUACAACCAUACUCCCGGAGCAACUGAACUUUUUGUAUGAAUGCUAUCAAUCGGAGUCAAAUCCAAGCCGAAAAAUGCUUGAAGAGAUAUCUAAGAAAGUUAAUCUGAAGAAACGUGUAGUGCAAGUCUGGUUUCAAAAUUCUCGGGCCAAAGAUAAAAAAUCCCGCAAUCAGCGACAUUAUGCACACAUAUCUGACGAUAACAGCUAUGAUGGCUCCAGUGGCAAGGAAGUCGUUAGCGACCUAAAAACUAAUGGCGGACCCGUGGAACAGGAUCACGAAUCGAAUCUACAGGACUGCCAGCUAUGCCAAGUCACCCAAGUCAACAUCCGAAAGCACGCUUUUAGCGUAGAGCAUAUCUGCAAGAUGAAGAAGCUACUUGAACAAACCACCGAGCUUUAUGCACAGAGCAACGGAAGCGGCAGCGAUGACAACGAUUCCGACAGGGAAAAAAGGUUUUACAACUUAUCAAAGGCCUUUCUUUUCCAACACGUCGUUUCAAACGCGACAAGCAAAGCCAAUCUUACAACAGGUUCUGGACAAGACUUAGACGCUCCUGAAGAGAACUGUAUGCUUAACUACGAUACAGCUAGUGGUGAUUCGAAGAGUCAUAUUCAACAUACUUUGCCUGCCGAAAUCGUCUCUGAAGAUGUGCGAAAAAUCGCUGGCAAUCAGGAACUGAUGCAGCAGCUAUUUAACCGAAACCAUAUCACCGUUAUAGGUGGAAAAUAAAUUGGAUUGUUUGUAUGGCCUUAUUACCGUGGAUAGUGGUUAAACACUACGAAUGGAAAAUGAUUGCAUAAAAAGAUGCAAAAAAACGUACACGAGAAAAAUACAAGCAUAAACAAACCAUACUACGAAAACUAAAAAGUUCCUAUUUUACAGAAAUUUAUAAAAACAUUGACAUUCCAUGAACCAAAUGAAUACAGAAAUAAGUAUUCCAAUUCUUGUGAAAAAAUAUUUCACCAUUAGUAAGAAUUUCUUAACUAUACGGAAGUGUUCCUAACUAUUCAAAAUAUAAACUAGCGGUAAUCUUAAAGUAUACACAAUUGAGGCAAUCCUAAACAAUUUGAAAUGAAGAGCCAAGCCUUGAUUAGUCGAAAAAUCAAGGCAGCUCCAUAGAUACAUAUAUAACGAACUAGAUUUAAUGAAACGUAAACUGAGUUCCUAGCAUUUGAUUGCUUUAUGCCUUUGUUUUCUAUAUUAGAAUGUAAUUGACGAUAUUAAGAUCUGCUUCGGCAUGCCGAUCUUUUAAAAUCAUUUCAAAAGCUAAAGACAUACGUGGUUCCUAUAAAUCUUUCGGAAACUGUACACGAUAAAUCAAACCGCUUUUGAUUAAUUUUAUUAUGUCAUAAUUAUGCUGAGAGUAAAUGUGCCAAUGUUUUAUUUUGCAAUGCAUGCUUAUAGCAUAAAAACAUUGUAUCUCUAAAGCUAUAUUGUACUCAAUUUCCAAAUUUAUAGCAAAUUCAUCAAAAGGGAAGAUGAAGUAAAUGGUUUAAAGGAAACAGGAGUUUUUACAGUUUGUUUGAACCUAUAAGAUAGUUUCGUUGUUAAAUAUUUGUUACGGCGUAUUAAAUUAUUUACUUACUCAACAAAAUUUAUUUUUUAUUUCUUUCUGAAUAUGUUUUUGAUUAUAAUUUAUGUUUUAGACGAAAAACAAUAAAUGUAAACUUCUAGGGGAGAGACAGGAGUUACUAUUUCACAAUUGCACUAAUUUUUUAUUAAAACUUCCAAGACAAAUCUUUGAAUGUAAAGAAAUAUCGCAGCGUAUUAUUGUAUCGUUAUUUAUAUUUAUAAUUUUAAAAUUUCCCUGCAAAUUUCCAUUUACAAUUUGAAAGGACACAAUUUACCCUAUCAACAGUUAAACGAAGAAAAUAGUAUUAGACUGAUUCCUUUUUAAAAACAUUUUUAAAGUACACACAUUUAGAUUUAUUCAAUCUCAUUCCGCAUCACAUACAUUCAUACGUACUCGUAUAUGAAUAAGUGUAUUGUUAAUUGCAAAUAAAUAUAGAUAUGUUGAGAGACAUAAGAAAAAUGUACUAAAAAGUUCCUAUAGACUUAAAUAAAAAGAUAUACAAAUAUAUUUACUUGUAAGUUUGGGAAUAACUAUAAAUGACAUUACUUUCUGUUUAUCUAAUUUUAAAUUUAUGACAGGCAAUUUAUUCAAAAAUAAUCAACAUAUGUCCAUAUUAACGUUAGAAUAAUAAAAAUAUGUGAAGUGUUUAAAAUCCUAUAAUCAUUUUAUAAAAUAAUUAUUUUCAUACCUAUGUACUUAAGCAUUCAUAAUUGCCAACAGCCACAGAUUUACAUAUAUGGACAUAAAAGCAGACUUACACUUAUACAAAAAUGAAACUAGAUCCUCGCAAUUAUACACAUGUAUUCGUUUGAAAAAAUAACCGAAAUCAACGUGCGACCCUAAAUACAUAUAUGAUCAACACAUGUGACACACAGAGUAAUAUGAGAUUUUAAAGGUGAGGUCAGUACUUUCAUUGCUCAAUCGAUAACUAUCAUGCAUGCAUAUGUGUGUAUGUAUAAAUAUAUAACAUAUCACCAUAUACAUAACUAGACUAAACCUUAAAAAGUUUCGUCUGUUCGAUUUUGUCAAAAUAACUUUUUUACAAGACCGUACAAACAUUUUUUGAAUGGAUUUAACUUUCAAUCUACAUUGGGGUUGACACAAAAAUUUUGGCCGAAGUUCGGGAAUACUUAUUACCUACAGUAGUUACAAUUCUACCGAAAAUCCGCCGGAGGGGAUUUUUGUGUUGCCCUGCCCCUACAUAUUUGGUUAUUAUCAUUUGUAUUAUUUGGUUUUACUGAGCUUUUUCAGUUUGCAUAUAUAAUUUGUUUGUUAGUAUAAAUACUGAACACAUUUAUGCCAAUAAUAUACUUAUGUAUGUACAAUUUUGCUAUUAAUAAAUCGAUUCAAACAAUAUUCAUGCUAUAAAAAUACUUGAUUCGCACAUUGAGUAUAAGUAAACUUUAACGUAAAAGUAAGUUAAAUGUCAACCUAUGUAUUAAUCCGAGUUACUACAAAUAUUGUGUAAAACUUGCAAGAAAGGAAGUAUAAAUAAAUAUUUAUAAAGUUCCUAUAUAUUUAAUAAUUGGCAAAAGAUGUGCAUAUAUUAUAAAAUUAUAAC